AUGAUUGAAUGCCUUACAUAUGUUUCAACUGCAACACGUCCUGAUUUAGCAAAUGCAGUUGGAAUUCUGGCAAGAUACAUGUCUAGACCUGGAAUGGAACAUUUCAAAGGAGUAAAAAGAGUUUUAAGAUAUACUAAAGGGACUAUUAAUCAUGGUCUAGUAUUUAAAGCUAAUGAAGAAAAGCAAAUGAUUAUUGGAUAUUCUGAUGCUGAUUGGGGAAACGAUUUGGAUACUAGAAGAUCAAUAUCUGGGUAUGUGUUUCAAAUUAAAGGAAGCACCGUAAGUUGGUGUAGCAAAAGGCAAACAGGUAUUGCAAGGUCUUCAACCGAAGCUGAAUACGUCGCACUAAGUUUAGCUACACAAGAAAUUGUGUGGUUGAAGAAGCUCCUACAAGAUGUGAAUGUAAGAUCAGAAAAAUCAUUGGUUAUUUAUGAAGAUAACCAAGGAGCUAUCGAACUAUCAAAGAAUGCCAAGUUUCCUAACCGCACCAAACAUAUUGACAUUGCAUUUCACUUUAUUCGAGAGAAAGUUGGGAAUGGGUCAAUUGAUGCGAAGUACUGCCCUACAGAUCAAAUGUUAGCCGACAUCAUGACCAAAAGUCUAUCUAAGGAAAAAUUUAUAAAAUUCAGGGAACUAUUGGGAGUUUCUGAAAUCAAUUAA